AAACAUGUUGUCCACCAGGCAUUUGCUAAUACUGGGUCUGUGUACUACAACUAUAAAGGUGYCCAUAGUAUAGUGCUUCUUGCUGUUUGUGAUGCCGAUUACAACUAUUUAUUAGUUGACAUUGGUGCACCAGGUCGUAAUAGUGAUGGAGGUGUAUUUAGGCAAAGUACUUUGGGUAAAAAAAUAAUUAAUAAUGAUAUCAAAUUUCCAAACCCCACGCCAAUCGAUACCGCAGUUGGACCAAUACCUUACUAUUUAGUGGCAGAUGAAGCCUUUAUGCUACUGCCAAAUGUUAUGCGACCUUAUCCUGGCCGAGCUAAAGGAAAUUUACCAGUYKACAAAGCAAUUUUUAAUUAUAGAUUAAGCCGGGCUCGCAGAUGUAUUGAGAACACAUUUGGUAUUAUGGCUGCCAAAUGGCGGAUCUUUCGUCGUCCAAUUAUAGCUGGAGAAAAAACAGUAGUUGCUAUAGUACAAGCAACAGUUGUACUACACAAUUAUAUUAAAAAAUAUGAGAAAACCCAAGGCAUUUUUAUGUAUUGUCCUCCACCACAAGAUGACCAUAAUAUCCCAAGAACUUUUGAAAUCAAUGGAGCUUUGGAGCCAAUUGGUCCUGUAGGAUCUAACCAUUAUGGGAUUGAUGCCAAAGAAGUCAGGGAAAAAUUAAAGUUUCAUCUUAUGAAUGAAGGCAAUGUGGAAUUUCAAUAUGAUAGAAUAUAAUAAAAAAAUUAUUAACAAAA